AUGGCGGCAGGCCUCCAGAUACCUGCAGUGAUCAAGCAGACACAGGGAGUGAACAGGAUGCCCAUUCGCGUAAGCGAAAGAAAGUGCAUCUCAGCACCACCGGCCAGCUGUUGCGCAUCUGGGGCCCAACGGCAAGAAAAAAAAAGAGCACGUCACAAGUGUGCCGAAUCAGAGGACAGCCUUCAGAUUGGCGCGCGCUCCGGGCAGCUCCCGGCACUCCUCUCGCGCCGCAGCUCGCGCCCAGCUCGUGCCAUCCUGGCCCGCGAAAUGAGCGCCAUCCUCUCGUGCCAGGACGCGGGCUUUGCAGGGGGCGUGCGCUACGCCUGCGCUUACACCUCCUCUCCGCCGCCUCGCGCCACUGUUGACGUUUCCACAGCAACGCUCGCACCCCUCUGGGACGCCGGUGCCCUGGACAACGCGGGCUGCCAGCACGAGCCGCCACGGCCGGACCCACAGCUUGGUUCUGUGCAUACUGUUCUACAUGACUCCACCUGGCCUGACCAACUGUCUCCUCACCUCCAAAGGAACAAACAGCUCCAAGACACACUAAUGCAGAAGGAGGAGGAACUGGCAAGAUUACAGGAAGAGAAUAACAAACUCAAAGAGUUUUUGAACUCAUCAUACGUAAAGUCUCUUGCAGAAAAGUCAAAGAGGCUUUUUUCUGCGCAGAGAAACUCAGACACAAGGCAAAGGAAGAGAACUCUACAUGAGGAGGGUGAUUUCCUUAACCUGAGCCGUUUGCUGCAGGGCGGCAAGAGCAAGCGAGUAUGCCGGAACCUCUCUCUGGAGUUCUGCUCGGCUGAGGAGCUGGCUGCCACCCCACGGCUGGACUCCUGGAUCCUGGAGACGCUGGGACUACAGGACGAGGACACCAUUGACCCAGACGGCAGCUUCAGUAGCCCUACAACUGACCACAUACCUUCUUUCAACUCCCCAGCCCCAAGCAUUGACCACUUCAGCCCUGCAACACACGACAGCACUACCUGCAGUCCUAAUACUAACAACCACCGUGAAUAUGGCUUAACAGACUCAUUAAGCAGCUUCAGCCACAACAUGGACACCAGCACAGAGUACUCAACCCUUUACCCUUCACCUCUGUACACUGUCACAUCUACAGGGUCACUGGUCACCUCUCUGCCGGCUAUUGUUCCUGGACUCUUCACCCCUCCUCGGGCAGCUUCAACUCCUCACCGCUCGCACAGCACAAGCUCAGGGCAGCACUAUCAUAGCUCACCAGAGAGUGAGGGUAUUCUGUUCUCCACACCACGCACAACACGUAGCAGAACAGACUUAGCGUUUAGCAUGUCCUUAAGUCCACAGAGCAGUGUAAAGACACACACUUUCCCACAAGGACAGGCAUUCACCCGCAGAGACUCGCAAGGUGGGUGGAACUUCACCUGGGUGCCUAAGCAGUGUUCUUAA